AUGGCGUCUCAACCACCGGCUGUGCUAAUGGUUGGCACCGGCGAAUAUACGACAGGAUAUGUUGCCAGUACCGGUGCAGCAAGCACUUCUGACAAGAAGAUUGGCGUGGUCGGCCUCACCAUGUUUGACCUGCGCCGUCGAGGUAAGGUUGGCGAUUUGAGCAUGGUCGGUGUAAGCGGCAAGAAAUAUCCUGCUAUUCGCGAGCACUUGCAAAAGAACAUUCAAAAUGUCUACAACAAUCUUGACGUAACAUUCUCGUCCUUCCCUUCAGACGACAAGACCGAUCCAGACGCAUACAAGGCUGCCAUAGAAGUUCUACCGAAAGCAACAAAACUGCUCAAGGAACAUUUACAUUUACUCGAAGAAGCGGAGAAACACAAUGUGCUUCUUUACGUUGAACACCACAAGCGAUAUGAUCCAGCAUACACAGACGCAAAGUUCAGGUCGAAGCAUCUGGGCGACUUCAAUUACUGGUACAGCUAUAUGUCACAACCAAAAUCUCAACUAAAGACAUUCGCUUCUUGGGCUGGAAAGGAGUCUGAUAUCUCAUACUACCUCAAUUCUCACCACAUAGACAUCUGCGAAUGGAUGGUACGUGAGCAUGGAUGGGUACCGAGGCUGGUACGAGCAAGUGGCAGUACUGGCAUAUCGGAGUCGCUCGGUUGCCAGGCCGGUACUGAAGAUACCAUUACUUUAAUGGUAGAUUGGGAGAACGAAAAACCAGAGCACAAAGGCAAGCGUGCAACUGGCGUCUAUACUGCUUCAUGGACAGCCCCACAGAACGCGGGCGUGCACUCACAGCAGCACUUCCACUACAUCGCUUCAAAUGGUGAAAUCAGCGUCAAUCAGGCUAAGCGCGGUUACGAUGUGGUCGCCGAUAACUAUCCCGAAGAGACUGCAGAGGCAAACACAGGCGUAAAAUGGUACAACCCAUUCUACAUGAGAUACGCACCAGACGAAGAAGGCAAUUUCGCUGGUCAGGCAGGAUACGGCUAUAUCAGCUUUGAAAAGUUCGUGGACUAUGCCAAGAAAAUCAAUGAUGGUUCCAUAACAUUGGAAGAGAUCGACAGGCGAGGUUUACCGACUGGCAGGAAUACUGUGCUCACGACUGCAAUCCUAGAAGCUGGUAGGAAGAGUCUAGACGAAGGUGGAAGAAGCAUUGAGAUUGUUGUGAAGGGAGAUACUGUUGAGCUGAAGUGA